CGAGGAGGCGGUAAGCUCACAUGGGUGCAGUGGAGGACAUCUGGAAGGGUUUAGCUUUAGUUCUGCUGUUGGUAACUUUGAGAAGUGUUCCUGAAACUCACUGCAGCUUAAACAUGUCUUUUAUAAAAGUGGAGGAAAAUUCAGACUUCUCUUACCACAACCUGCCCUAUGGAGUCUUCUCCACCCAGGACAAUCCUCGGCACAGGAUUGGUGUUGCUAUAGGAGACCAGAUUUUGGACCUCAUUGUCAUUAAACACCUUUUCAAUGGACCUGCACUUGGGAAGCACCAGGAUGUGUUUGACCAGCCUACACUCAAUGCUUUCAUGGGCCUGGGCUAUGACGCCUGGAAGGAAGCCAGAAGAUACCUGCAGAAGCUGCUGGCUGCCAACGAGUCCACACUGCGUGAUGAUGUGACAUUGAGGACCAGAGCCUUCGUGGAUCAGAGAUCUGCAGCAAUGCAUCUGCCAGCUGAGAUAGGAGACUACACCGACUUCUACUCCUCUCGAGACCAUGCCACUAACGUUGGGAUCAUGUUCCGAGGCAAGGAGAAUGCCCUGAUGCCCAACUGGCUGAGGCUGCCGGUGGGGUAUCACGGCCGAGCUUCAUCUGUGGUAGUGUCAGGAACCCCUAUUAGAAGACCUCAAGGCCAGAUGAGGCCAGACCCAGCCAAACCACCUGUAUUUGGGGCUUCAAAGCAGUUGGAUAUUGAGCUGGAAAUGGCAUUCUUUGUGGGUGCUGGGAACAAACUGGGAGAGCCAAUCCCCAUAGAGAAAGCCCACGAGCACAUUUUUGGCAUGGUCCUGAUGAACGACUGGAGCGCGAGGGAUAUCCAGGCCUGGGAGUAUGUGCCAUUAGGUCCGUUUUUGGGGAAGAAUUUUGGGACCACCAUCUCGCCCUGGGUCGUUCCAAUGGAGGCCCUAAUGCCGUUUGCAGAGCCAAAUGUGGUUCAGGACCCAGAGCCCCUCCCAUAUCUUUGCCACCAAGAUCCCUACACCUUCAACAUCAACCUCUUUGUCUCAGUAAAAGGUGAGAAGAUGAGUAAGGCAUCUACCAUCUGCAAGUCCAACUUCAAGUAUAUGUACUGGACAAUGAAGCAGCAGCUGGCCCAUCACACAGUCAACGGCUGCAAUGCCCGUCCAGGAGAUCUUCUGGCAUCCGGGACCAUCAGUGGACCAGAUCCUGAGAGUUUUGGUUCCAUGCUGGAGCUCUCAUGGAGAGGCUCGAAGACGAUUGAUCUGGGUGGAGGAGAGAGCAGGACUUUCCUCAAAGACGGAGAUGAGGUCACCAUUACAGGUUAUUGUGAAGGCCGGGGUUACCGUGUUGGUUUUGGUCAGUGCCAGGGGAAAAUCAUUCCUGCCCUGCAACAGUGAUGCUAACCCUCUCUCCCUCUCUUUGUCCAUCCCUCCAUCCAUCACACAACCUCCAGGGCUCAUCCUGCACCAGAUUCAGUCUUAUCAGUCAUGUUUAAAUAUUCAUGACCUUUUUAAAAUCUCUCUUAACGGAGGCCAAACACUGAGUUCAGAACUGAAGGCCAGCUGCUUUUAUUAAGCUUCCACUUUUUAAUGAUUCAUUUUUUUUAAAUAUAUCAAAGCUUGUUUCUCAGUGCAGAGUGUGUGUGUGUGUGUGUGUUUGAGUCUGUGGUUGGUGUGUGUGUGUGUGUGUUUUACCUACAGCAGUAUUAUGUUUAUUUGUGUGUUUGUUACCCAGCGUCAGCUAAUAAAAGUUACUGAAUUCUU